CAAUGUUUUCUGUUAACUCGCAGAGAACAAGGAAGAAACAAGAUGAAAGAAUUGGUUAGAGAAAGAGCUCGCUGCUAAAAAAACAAGAAUCAUCGAACUAGAGAAAGAAGGAAGUGCAAGGUCAGACGAAGAGGACAAGAAGAGGAUUCAGCUGUUGGAGAAAAAGAAGGUAAUGCUGGAAAAUGAAAUGAAAGAGAAGGACGAGAAAGUGAGAGAUUUGGAGGCUCGUUGUACUAAGGAAAGAAAAGCUAAUGAUCAAUUUCAGGAAGCUCACAAGGAGUUAAUUCGAGUAAGCAAACAAAUCUUAGAAAAUAGUUUCAGACCACAUACAUUAGAAUGCAUGCAUCAUGUCAUGAUCUACUGCUGCAAUUCGAUGUGUCUUUUAAUACAGGGUUUUGCAGAAUUUCCUAGCAGCCGUGCAAACAUUCGUACAAAGAGGAUGGGGGAGCUUGAUAGCAACCCAUUUUACGCAACUGCCAAGAGAAAAUAUGGCGAAUUCGAGGCUGAAGAAAAAGCUACGGAGUUAAUUUCGCUUUGGGAGGAGCUUCUUAAGGAUGAAUGUUGGUAUCCAUUUAAAAUGCUGCAGGACAAAACAGGAGAACUGAAGGAAGUGAUAGAUGAAACUGACAUAAACCUGAAAGAUCUUCGCAAGGAAUACGGUGAACGAGCAUACGAGUCUGUGACAAGAGCCCUGCAGGAAAUUAACGAAUAUAAUCCGAACGGUAGGGAACCGGUGCUUGAGCUCUGGAAUUUCAAGGAAGACAGGAAGGCAGCAGACAUGAAAGAGGGCGUGGCACACCUGCUGAAGCUGUGUAAAAUAAGAAAUGCGAAGGCCAAAUAUGAAGCAAGAAAAUGAAGCUUCUUCUGAUGUAUUAUCGUAACCUCCUUUGGGUUUCCUUUUGCUCCAGCUUACGUAUAAAAAGGCU